UAGUGAAUGCAAAUUUCUGAACUCUAGGGUUUAAGCAAGAGAUUUCACCUUCACUCAGAUCCAAUCCCCACACCGCACAAAUGGCCGCCGGCGCCGCCGCAGCCCGAUCGUUUUUCCGGUCAACAUCCGUCCGCAACGCCGCUGCAAGAAUCUCCUCAGAGGCCAAAUGCAAAGCCGGCGCCGCUCCUUCUCCGUUUCGAUUCUCUACGACGAAACCUCUUUCUCAUCGUGUUUUCAGGUGUCCGGUUGAAAUGAGCGUUUGUUUGGAGACGAUGCAACCGUUUCAUACGGCUACUGCUUCCGCUUUGAUGACGUCUAUGCUUACUGUUUCUCGCACCGGUUACGGUUGGCUUCCUCAAGGAGUUGACGAUACUAGCUGAAGAAAUCAAGAGGCUAAACAAGGAUAAAUUGGAUUUUGUUAGCUUGCAACAAUGACUUGUGAGGGAGGAUUCAAGCAAAUUAAUUCCAGAAGAAGCCUUAUUCAUCUCCAUGUUUUCAAGAUCGUUUAUCUGUUUCGUUAUGCAAUGUUCGUAUGUUAAUUUGUUCCUUUUAAAAGGUUGAUAUGCGAGUAAUAAUAGGUGAAUUUAAAUACUAACCAAAGAGUGAAA